UUUAAAAAUCAACCAUUGAAUUUGAAGAAAACUACUUUUAAAAGAAAAGCAGAUAACGAUUAUGUGCCUCUACAGAAUAAACGCUGGAAGGGUGAUGAAAACGAUGAUUUCCUGCAGAACAGCAAAGUUAUGGUCACAAGGAGAUCUGCAAGAAUACACAGAGAGUCAAAGGGUGAAUUGUCUGAAGUUGAUGGCAAUAAAGGGUCUGUCUUCCUAACCCUGGACGAUGUUGAGAAACCUGCUAGAACGUAUGUUCCCAAAAACCGGCCCAAUUAUUUUGGUGCUGUUCCAGGGAUAGAAGUAGGAGAGGCAUGGCUAACUCGAAUGGAAUGUAGUAGAGAUGGUGUGCAUAGACCAACAGUAGCAGGAAUUCAUGGGGGCACAGAGGGAGCUUACUCUAUAGCAUUAUCGGGCAGAUAUGAUGACAAUGUGGAUUAUGGUAACUGCUUUACAUACACAGGAGAAGGAGGGCGUGAUCUUAAAGGAACCAAAUCAAAUCCAAAGAAUUUACGAGAAGCACCACAAACAAAAGACCAGGAAUUAUCUAGAGGUAACUUCGCUCUUAAAACAAGUGUUGAUACUGGAAAUCCAGUGAGGGUGAUAAGAGGUUACCAGCUGAAGAAUGCAUUUUCCCCAGAGGAGGGCUAUAGAUAUGAUGGUUUAUAUACAGUAAAGAAAGCAUGGUAUAGUGUAGGAAUGUCGGGAUUUCAAGUUUGGCGGUUUGCCUUACAAAGAUGUGAGGGUCAGGCACCACCACCGUGGGAAAUGGAGGCCGAGGAGGAAAAUGAUGAACCAAAAGCUUCAUCAUGAAUGUUUUAAACUGAAGUUUUUAUACACAGACAGCAACAUUUUAAUCUGCCUUCUAAUCAGAUAUUAGAAAUGUUUAUAUAAAAAUGGUCACAUAAAAGGUCCAUAGUUUUAUAUUUUAUAUGACAUAAAUGUGCUAAUUUUCAAUGUGAAAAUUAAUUUUGUGCAAGAUAUGAUUCAUACUGUUUAUGUAGGAGAUGAAUUGUGUUAAAUGAUAGUGGUUGUGUAGUGUACAUGUAGAUAAAAUAUUGUGAUUUUUAACCAGGUUUUCCGAAGGAAAAAAACU